AUGCCAUUCAAACCUUUUGUCUUGGACUUGAUAAGAGGGGUACGUAUCAAAACCUUUCCACGCUUCGAUCACUGCUUCUUCUAUCUCAAUGCCUGCUCGUCGACAUUCACGAAAGCACAAGACAGCACAGGAACAGUGGCUAGCACGACAGGCAACAAAUACCAGAUAUUAUGCCAAAAUCGGGAAACUAUUUGUGAAAGUCGCCGAAGUACAUAUAAAGAAAAAGUCAACAAAAAGCUGGCGGAGGAGAUCCAGGAACGGGAAACUCGGAAGGUGGCCCAAUCAGUGACUCAAGAAUCUGAAAAUACCCCAUCCACGCUUCUGGGCUCCCCCAAGCGUACUGCACUUGAUGUUUCAUCAUCGAAAGAAGCGGAAGCGACUGUAAUAGCACCUAUGGCCUGCUCUAAGCCGAAUUUCAAUGAAAUUGAUCACAACGCGACUAAAGAAGCAGAAGCUACUGCAUCCCUACUCACCGGCUCUUCCAAGCUUAGUUUUACAGAGCUUGACGCUGCGUUAGAAAAUGCACGCAAAAUUUAUGACGAUUUUGAAGAAUUCAGAGGUGAUAGCCGUCGAGAAUUUUGGAGACAACUUUGGAAACAAUUCAGGCGAACGGACGACUAUAAAGACCUUGAAGAGCUCGAGGAAGACCUCACCGCUGUCGUUGACCAAAUGGAAUCAAGCGUGGCCAGGGUACAGAAGCACUCCGAUGGCGACGAAGGAGGACUCAGAGAAGUCAAUGGCUAUCUGAAGGAGAUUUCUAUUUGGCUAGAGGACUUGAGGGGCUUCAACCGCUCGGCAUUGUGGGGUGUAGAUGCCUUGAGAGAGGAUCUGAGAGAAGGUGGUCGGAUUCGUUAUCUGGUCACUCAACCGUUGACAAUUUCAUGA